AUGCUUCAAGAUUUCGACAUCCGAAUCACGCCCACAACUGAUUUCGACGAGUUCGAACGGAUGCUUGCCAGUUGGUGUAAGGAUGCUGGAGAAGGUGUCACGUACGAGUUCCUACAGGACACAAAUAGAAAUAUGACCCCCACAACGGCAGACGAUCCAUGGUGGAAUGCUUUCGAGAAGUCGCUUAGGGACCAGCACUGCGAUUUCACUAAGGAGAUUUUCAGCGCUGCUACGGAUUCAAGAUUUAUUCGAGAGCUUGGCUAUAGAUCUAUUGGUUUCUCGCCGAUGAUCAAUACUCCACAAUUGUUGCAUGAUCACAACGAGUAUCUCAACGAACGUGUCUUCCUUCGUGGAGUCGAAAUUUAUGAAACGCUGAUGACACUGGCCAAUGCCAAAUGA